UCCUUCCCCCCUUUUUUUCUUCUUCUCACUUCCUUUCUUCUUUUCUUUCUUCUUGUUUUUAUUUUCAUGGAUAUAAAUACUCUAUUAUCAAACCAUUCAACAUCCUCAAAUUCUAUUCCACAACCAGAACAUCCACCAGCAAAACCAAUAUAUCAGUCAGAUAUGAACACGAAUACCAGCAACCAUAUAUCGAAUCAAUCACAAGAUUCGUCUCACCACCUUGAAAACUUGCCACCAACAAUCUCGGUACGAAAUGACAUUGGGGAACUUUACAGUGUUUCAUCUAAUGAUAGUCGAAAGAAGCAUAGGGCAUCUGCAUCGGACUUGUUAAAAAAUUUGGAAGAACUAUCUACAUCAUUCAUCACAAGUACACAACCUCCUUUAGGUUUUGAUGAACAUUCUUAUCAUUCUCAAACAUCUUCUUCUGGUAACAACGAAACAACUUUUAGAAAACGACCUCCACUUUCUACCUCACAUGGUAAUGAUCACAAUAUUUGGGCGAACAGUGUGGAAGACGACGAAGAGGAUGAACAAAAUAUAUCUAGUGUGCAAUCAGACUAUUCACGUGAUGCUAAGACCUCUCAAAGAAAUCAUCUGCAUGACACAUCUUUUUUAGACAGGCAUUUAAAGAAUCAACAACAACAACAACGUCAUAAUCAUGAACGAUUGGAACGACAUCAUUACUCGGGUCCUAUUAUAGAACGAUCGGUAUCACCUGGACAAUAUUUUGGUGCGCGAUCUUUACCAUUAGAAUGCAUGGAUGAUUUGUGGCGACAGCACUCACCAUCACCCUAUUUAUCUGAAUCUGGGAGAGAGCCAUUAUCCUCUUCCUCAAUGACUGGCAGCCGAUUAUCAUCAAAAAAACAAUCAUUAAAUCAAUAUAGAGAUCAAACUUCUAGGUCAUUGAUAACAUCUCCAGACAUAUCUUAUACAUCAUCUGGUCUUCAACCUCUUUGGAAAAAUUAUAAAGCGUUACCUUCGUCACUAUAUCAUCGUCAUCAGUGGAAUAGAUGGGAAAUCAGGCAACAACGAUCAUCUGGCAACGAUCCAUCCAAUGAACAAUCACAUCUGGUCAUCUCAUCAACACCAUCAAGGUCACAAUCAUCAAUACACAACAGUAGCGAAAUGGAGUACCUGAUUGGUAGAGUACAAUCAUUGAAAGUACAAGAUAGGAAAAAAGAUCAUCAUCAGAGACUACCGUUGUAUUCAUUACACCCACAAGAGGAGUUGACAAUUCGUUGCCAAGUAUCAUCAACCAGCAUUCAUACACACGACGGACACCUGACUUUAGCGAACGAGUCGACGAAUCGACAACAUCUUACGUAUUCCUUGUUCUCAGCAAAUGGAGAAGUGGUUUUUGACAAACAAAGUGGUACAGUGGCACCAGGACAGAUUGAAGAUAUAUGGAUUCGACCGAGGAAAAGAACACUUCAACGACUAAUGACAACCGAUCCAUCACUUGUGAAUGAAUUUGUCGCUUUAUUGGUGGAUCAGGACUUUUAUCGACUCAAAGUACAAUUGGAUAUCACCACAGAUGAUUUGGAACAAAGUGAAUCGAAUGAUGAACAUACCAAUAGAGACGAUGAUGACAUUCUUUCAGAUCCUGACAAUCGAUCAAGUGAACAUCAAGAACCAUGUCCCUUUUGUUUAUUAGAAAACUUAUACCCUCCCCUUGUAGAAUAGUCUAAUAAUAAAAAAAAAAAC